UUUAUCGAACAAGAUCAAUUCUUGGCAGGAGGUGAAAAACCUUACUAAAGUAACUUCUCCCAGUUCUUCUAUCAGGUCGAACAGUAAUCGGUUCCACUGUCAAACGCUUCCGCUUAAAAAAAAACUGGGGUGAAAUACAGACUUUCGGUCCGAAAGCAUGCAGCAAUUUUUGUUUUAAACAACUCGAAAGGCACGUUUAUGUCGCCUGCAUUCUACGGGACUGCAUGAGCUCUGGAGAACUGGCAUAUAUGAGGCAACACGUUGAAAUGAUAGGAAGUGAAGAUUGGCGGUAAGACAUUCAGCUUCAGCGCUGGGUGUAAGAAACGGAAAGAUUUUAUGUGCAGUGCUAACUGACUUUCAAAUCGGGGACUUGCAGUCAUUCAAAUUCGUCUUUGGGUGAGCAGCUGUUGGCAUGAAGAUCGAAUUUGCCCCUAUAAAUAUCCCUCUGAGGAGGAGGAUUCAGACGUUUGCUGUUCUCAAGUGGAUCUUCACUUUUUUGUUCUUAGGUCAAUGCUGCCUGUUACUCUUUGUGGCGCUCAUCUUGGCUGGUUACUGGUAUGUUGCUGCAGUUUACUCUGUUUGGUUGUAUCUUGACUGGGAGACACCAAAUCAGGGUGGAAGAAGGUCAGAGUGGGUCAGAAACUGGACUAUCUGGAAUUACUUCCGGGACUACUUUCCUAUUCAUCUCAUGAAAACAACGGAUCUGGAUCCACAAUACAACUAUCUGUUUGGAUUUCAUCCUCAUGGAGUGCUUGUGGCUGGAGCCUUUGGAAACUUUUGCAGUGAGGCUACAGGUUUUCAUAAGUUGUUUCCGGGUUUGACCUCAUAUCUGUGCAUACUGCCAGUCUGGUUCAAGCUUCCAUUUUACAGGGAUUACAUCAUGUGUGCAGGUCUCAUCUCAUGCGUGAAGAGCAGUGUUUCUCAUGUUCUGAGUAGGAAGGGAGGUGGGAAUGUGGCUGUCAUUGUGAUAGGUGGUGCUGAGGAAUCUCUGGAUGCCAGACCUGGAGCACUAACUUUGAAAACCCUUAAUAGGAAAGGAUUUAUUAAAUUGGCCAUAAAAUGUGGGGCACAUCUGGUUCCAGUCUUUUCCUUUGGGGAAAAUGAACUCUUUAAUCAGGUAAACAAUCCAGAAGGUUCAUUUCUUCGGGGAAUGCAGGAAAAAUUAAGGAAGAUUGCAGGAUUUACAAUGCCACUGUUUCAUGCCAGGGGUGUCUUCCAGUACACCUUUGGGCUGCUACCAUAUAGGAAACCUAUUUACACCAUAGUAGGAAAACCAAUAACUGUACAGCAAAACCACACACCAUCAAAUGAAGAGAUUGAAGCACUACACAAAAAGUAUACUGACGCAUUAAAUAAAUUAUUUGAAGAACACAAAGCUGAAUAUGGAAUUUCAGAAAAAGAUCAUCUCCUUUUCAGUUGACUUUUAGCUUUGAAUGUCUGAAUUCAUACAAAGAAGAUAGUCACAUUAUAGGGUGUAAUUUUAACUUUGGAAGAUAUGUCUUAGCUCAAGGUGAAUAUUCAAUAACGAUUUGAUUCCUGGUUUCUUUCUCAUUAUCAUACUUGGACAAUUGGUCUGUGACAUUUGAAUCAUCCAACUUUAGCUGAUAAACACUGAUGCAGAAGCAGUGGUGUAAUGUGUGGCUAUGCAGAACAGUUGAUAAACUGCACUUUGCAAUUAAAUGAUCUGUCUAUUUAUAAGAUCAAUCCAAUUGAAUUUGGCAUGUGCUAAGUGAGCCAACUGUUUCCACCAAACCAUCAGCUGAUAUAGUGAUUUCAAAAGCCCUACCAGAAAUCCUUGUAUUUUGGAAUUACUUUAAAAUCAAAUUGCCCGAAGAUUUUAACUAUAAAUCAUGGAGAAGGACUUAGCAUUGCCAAAGUGUCUGUUCAAACUCUCUUAAGGUACUAACAGUAAAAAAGCAUCAAAACAUUGACUACAUAGCUAUAAACACUGUAAAACGAUUUGUCAAUUGUGAAAAUAAAAUUCCUCCAAAUGUUAGUGUAUCAUUAGUGUAUAUUGUUGUUUCUUACUGUAAUCUUUUAAAAUGUGAAAAUUACAAUCCAAAUAUCUGGCUUAUAUUUUUACAUGUAUCAUAUUCAUAUGAACGACGAGCAUUUGUUUUGUUUUGAGAAAAUUAAGUAUUUUUUGAAAAAGGUGGGGGGAGAGAGAAUGAGAGAACAAAAAUAAAUCAUUAGUAACUGAUGAAUGAUUAACAAUCCAUAUAUUUUUAAAAUCACAAGUUUUAUUUGUGUUUCUGUCAAUUCUAAGAAUUAUUAACUAUUCCUCUAAAGACCCAAUCUGAUUAAGUCCUGUGACCAAACAAAACUUGAUUCUAUCUCACUUAAUAGGAGUUUGUUUUUUUUCAAAUGAACCAAAAAGAUUUAAAUUUUCCUACUGAAAAUACUGUUCCUUAUACUACAACAUAUCCUUCCAUCCUCCUAUAAAAAUAACUUGGCAAGAUCAAGUAAUUUCACUAAUAAAUAUUACUUCAAAAGUCUUCAAAAUUUAUAAAUACACCUUCAGAUUACUUGUUUAUUAUCUUAACUCUUUUAUGUACAACGUAGUUAUGGAUAAUCUUGUUAUUGUGAGGCAAAGUUAGUUCAAACGGAUUGCAAAAUGUGUAC